UAGAAAUCGGUGGAGUAACUGAUUGGAGAAUAAUGGAGCUGUCCCACUGCAAUUAACAAUAAGAUCUCCUUCCUACUAGGGAUUCUUCUCAAUUACAAAGAAAAAUAUUUGAGUUUUCACUUCAUACAAGGUUUUGCUUUUCUCAAAUUCUUUUUGGGUAAAGCUUGUUGGUGACUUGGAAAAGUUACUACCUUUAGCUUCAGAUUCUUUUCUAGUACAAAGAAUCUUGUACUGAGAGUUCAGUGACCCCCAACUAGAGAGUCGGCUGCAUCAUGGAAGCUGAGAAUAUUCUCAGAAUCAUAAGAAAAUUUGCACUUGCAGAGGUGUUUUUAUGCUUCUAAUGGCUAGCUGCUGUUGGAGGGUUUUCACAUUUGCUGCAAAUUUCUUGCUAUUCCUCUGUUUUCCUUCUCUAGGAUAAAGCAAGAGAAGUUCAAGAAUUCUGUUUCAGGUUUAGAAAAGUUGGCCUGAACUUUGUAGAGAAGAAUGAUGAUGUCUUACAGUUCAUUGAACUAUUCAACAUGUACAUUAGCUCGUAUGAACAGCCACCAUAGCCAUAACAGAACAAGAAAAAGUUCAGCUUUUGCGACACCUCCUUCAUCCAUCAUCUCACAAACUGAAGAAAGCAGAAAUCUAGCCAACUCAAUGGAGAAUUCUCCUUUAGAUGCGGCUUCAAAGCGCCCAGAUUCUUCUGUUUUGCUCACCCAUAAAAAUGCAAUAGGGAUCAUUGGGGGGUUAUCCAUUGGAACCACUCUUAAUUUUGUGAGCAAGCUUGUCACAUGGAGUUCCAAAAAUGGUGGAAAUGACAUUCCCUUUGUUCUUUGUUCCGAUCCUGUUCUUAACAAAGAGCUUUCAUUCCAUGAAAGAGGUUCUAGUUCUUACCUCACUGGUAAAAAUAAAAACUUACUAAAAGAUCAUGCUCCAGUUGUUGAAAAUCUUAGGCACAAAAGGAUCUUUCUUGAGAAAUCUGGAGCUAGAUGCAUUGUCAUGCCUUGUUACAUAUCACAUUCUUGGCAUGAUGAGGUUGCACUAGGGUCUUCAGUUCCUGUCCUUCAUAUGGGAGAGUGUGUGGCCAAGGAGCUCAAAGACGCGAAUUUGCGACCACUAGAAGCUGGGAGUACUCUGCGCAUUGGAGUUCUGGCUUCGGAUGCAACUUUGUCUGCUGGAUUUUAUCAGGAGAAACUUCAAAAUGAGGGUUUUGAAGUUGUGCUGCCAGAUAAGGCAACUAUGGAACACACAGUAAUCCCUUCGCUAGAAGCCUUGAACAGGAAGGACAUUGAAGGGGCACAAAAUUUGUUCAGAAUCGCGCUACAAGUUCUUGUGGUAAGGGCAGUUAACACUAUCAUAAUUGCCUCAGAUGACAUGCGUGAUCUGUUACCUCCAGACGAUCCUCUUCUGAAGAAAUGUGUCGACCCAAUGGAUGCGUUGGCCAGGUCAACUGUGAAAUUUCUUCAAUCAGUUGAAGGGAAUGCAUAAAUACACCCACAAAGAGGCGGAGCUACAGGUCUGUUUACGAGUUCAGUAGAACCCAAUCCCAAACCGCGUAUUUCUGUUUAAAAGUUCCUUUAGUUUGAAUUAAUAAUUUAUUCAGUAGAGUCAGAACCCAAUAAGCUGCCUUUUCUAAAUCCAGAACCCAUAAAUUCAAAAUCGUGCCUCCGCACCCACAAAUAUAUAUAUACAUAUUAUAUUUUGUCGAAUCUUGAUAGCGUUUGUAAUUCUUUAUAAGUCAUUGAUUUUUAUCGUGAAAGAAUAUGGGCUCUAUCGCCCUCAAAUAUGUAAUAUACCAAAGGGAGGUGUAUCUUUAUGGAAUGUUGAAUGAAAAAGAAUUGAUUAAUCAUGCAA